UACUUCCCUCCGGGAGGCGUGAAACCUUCAUAGACAAAGCCUUCGCAGACCAGCCAUGGUCACCAGAGGUUGUCGUCGGCGUGAAGGCCCUGCUGGCUGAGGUGAAAGCACAGACAGGCAAAGUGUCGCCAGCCAUGUGCAAGAUGAUCGUGAACGCGAUCGCCGCCGAGGAAGGCGUCCAACGCCCCAGAGGCUUUACCCUAUCCAAGUUCAUCGUCAACGGAGAGGACAAGCUCGACAAUGACAAGUGCCGACGCCGGCUGGAGCGCCACGACAUUAUCGUCUACUUUGACCGUUUUGCCGUGGUGGUGAAGGCGUAUUCUGAAGACGGCACCGAAGACGAGUCUCUCUUUGGCGUUGCCAGGAUCAAAUCAUUCAAGCGUGCCACCCGAGGCGGUGACGGCAGUUCCGACUUCAUCUUUCAGGUUGGCACAGAGACGACUGUCACUCUUGGCAUGUCGGACACCGAAGCAGAUGCUUUUGAAGCCGUUACAUCGCAGCUGAGAAGGACUCGUGCUGAGCCAGAACACCCUGCCCCGCCGCCGGUCGAGAAGGAGCUGUCACCCGAAGAGCCAGCCGCCACUGAGCUUGGCUUUAUCGAUGCAGAUUCGCAAGUGGGCGACAAGGAGGACUGGCACGGUCAACCGCAGCCAAAGCCAUCACCAGACAUCCCCUUAACCGAGAAGAAGAGUGGCGGCUCCUCCGCCGCCACGAAGAAAGACGUCAACCACAAGAAGAGCCGCAGCCUGGCUUCCUCUGCUGUAUCCACCCCGAAGCGCCAGUCUGUUACUGCUACCAGGGCCGGCACUGGGGCAAAGGGCAAGGCGACUAGCGUUGUUCUCCCCCCUCGGCAGUCGUCCAAGCAUGUCGACAACUCGCCUGCGUCUUCGGUCACACGGGUUCAGCCUCGGCACCAGCCCGUCCUGCCAGGGUUUCAGCAGCGAAGGCGAGCGAGAGGCUCGCUGCCCUCGCCCUAGAUAACUGUGCCUCUCCAACGGCGACCCGUGACUCUGUAUCACGCGAGCCGUCCAUUCCACCGCCACCCAAAGAUAAGGAGGAACAGUCCGCUGAGCGGCUUGGACCUCCAGAAGCGAGCAGUGUACCGGAGAUUCCGGAUCCCACAGAAGCGGACCCAAAGCCGCGAAGGACCUGGUCAAGCCUGGCAUCACCCGACACCCCAAAAGUCGUCUUCCAUGACAUGAACAUUCUGGACCCAUCCCCUCAGGAUGUUGCAAACCAUACCGUCGAGGUAGAGACGCCUACUCGAGCUCCGCCCCUUCCGCGCCGGCCCGUCAAAUCUGCCCUUGUCCACGUCCAGAACACUGGACGUCAGCUGGACGAUGCUUCAAAUGAGGCGCCUGUCCACAAGCCAACCGACUACUCUUCCCCCGGCCCCCAGCUCCAAGGGAAGAAGAAUGUGAAGAUCACCGAGAAGGUUCAGAUGGCGCCAGCCACCUUCUACCCUACCGCGCAGGAUGAUGCUGCCACGGAGCGUGUGUUCGAUGAAGUCGCCGGACGAGGAGAUGGCCCCGACAUUUCCAGCGGCUCGAGGGGUACAGUGGCCCUCCCACUGAAGCCCUCUGCACGCGUCGCCGACAGUUCACAGAACGUCUCGCAGGAGCAGAUCCUCUCGGGGUUAAAUCUCGAGCUUCCGCAACUCAACGGCAGUGGCAUCGGCGCACCUGCUGCGUCGAUGCAGCACGCCAUAAUUUUCUCAGCCUUCCCAACUGCCCACACUGCAGUCCCUUCAGGACCAGUGCGAAGGAACUCUGCAGGCCCUGCGGACCGUCAGUCGAAGCGGGCUAGGUUCUCGCCGCCGAGCGGGAGUCGAGAGCACUCGAUACACUCGGCCCUGCAUGCACUGGCCGACGUAGCACACUCGAUGCUCUCUCAACGCGUCCUGGCCCCGGCGAGGAAGGUUGGCAGGACCCACCGUCACCUCGCCAGCUCGGUCGAGGCAACAGCCCAUAAGUGGUGCUCUGAAGCGAGCGGCAUGACGGCCAAGUUGACCACAGCGGACGCAGCCUACCAAGCGGCGCUUCAAAAGCUCAGCGACUCAACCCGCUUGGCCAAGGAGGGCGCGGAGGAGCGCCAUACCAGGGUGAUUCAGAAGAUGGAGGCUUCGACCAAUGUCAUGUCGAUCCCCGACUCGCUCUUCUAGUUCGCAGCACAUGUGUCCCACUGUGCUGCUGAACCCUCGUAGUCUCUCAGUCCCGUGCGCCCCCGUUGA